AGCCCCCCCUUUUCCCGGUGCCACAGGUGCUGAUCCCCGGCUGCUCCCCGCUCCUGACAUCCAGCGCUGGCAGCGCCGGGGCGGCUCCCGCUCCAGAGGGCCCCGCAGCCAUGUCCACCUUCCGCCAGGAGAGCGUGGAGGAUUUCUAUGAGAUGGGAGAGGAGCUGGGCAGCGGCCAGUUCGCCAUCGUCCGGAAGUGCCGGGAGAGGAAGACGGGCCUGGAAUACGCGGCCAAGUUCAUCAAGAAGCGGCGGCUGUCGUCCAGCCGAAGGGGCGUGAGCCGCGAGGAGAUCGAGCGCGAGGUGGACAUCCUGCGCGAGAUCCAGCACCCCAACAUCAUCACCCUGCACGACAUCUUCGAGAACAAGACCGACGUGGUGCUCAUCCUGGAGCUGGUGUCCGGAGGGGAGCUCUUCGAUUUCCUGGCCGAGAAGGAAUCCCUGACGGAGGAGGAGGCCACCCAGUUCCUCAAGCAGAUCCUGGACGGGGUGCACUACCUGCACUCCAAGCGCAUCGCCCACUUCGACUUGAAGCCAGAGAACAUCAUGCUGCUGGACAAGAACGUGCCAAACCCUCGCAUCAAACUCAUCGACUUCGGGAUUGCCCACAAGAUCGAGGCUGGGAAUGAGUUCAAGAAUAUCUUUGGGACCCCAGAGUUUGUAGCCCCAGAAAUCGUGAACUACGAACCCCUGGGGCUGGAGGCCGACAUGUGGAGCAUCGGGGUCAUCACCUACAUCCUGCUGAGUGGAGCCUCCCCAUUCCUGGGGGAGACGAAGCAGGAGACGCUGACCAACAUCUCUGCUGUCAACUACGACUUCGAUGAGGAAUAUUUCAGCAACACCAGCGAGCUGGCCAAGGACUUCAUCCGCCGCCUGCUCGUCAAGGACCCCAAGAAGCGAAUGACCAUCGCCCAGAGCCUGGAGCACCCCUGGAUUAAGGUGAUCAAGAGGAGGAACGUCCGCAACGAGGACAGCUGCAAGAAGCCCGAGCGGCGCCGGCUGAAGACGACGCGCCUGAAGGAGUACACCAUCAAAUCCCACUCCAGCAUGCCCCCCAACAACACCUACAUCAACUUCGAGCGCUUCUCCAAGGUCAUGGAGGAGGUGGCUGCGGCCGAGGAGAGCCUGCGGGAGCUGGAGAGGAACAAGAAGUCCUUCCAGGAGGACAUCGAGGCGCUGCUGUCCAUCUACGAGGAGAAGGAGUCGUGGUACAAAGAGGAGAACGAGAGCAUCAGCCAGGACCUGCGGCAGAUCCGGCAGGAGCUGCAGAAGACGGAGGCGCUGAAGAAGCAGGCGCAGGAGGAGACCAAGAGCGUGGUGCAGGCGGCCAAUGGGCUCAAGCGGCGCUACCGCAAGCUGGAGAACCACUACGAGGCCCUGGCCAAGCAGGUGGCCUCGGAGAUGAAGUUUGUGCAGGAGCUGGUGUGGUCCAUUGAGCGGGAGAAGCUGCAGAGCAGCGAGGGCGACGGCAGCAUCCGCUAACGCGCCGGCCCCGGGGGCUCUGCUGCUCCCCGGCCCCCUGCUCGCCCCCGGGCAGCGUCCCCUGGCCCUGCCGGGGUGCAGGGGGUGCUUGUGCCUCCCUGGAGCCCCCGCCUCGGGGGGCUGGGGCUGUGCCACCCUGGGGUUUGGCUUCCUGCGUGCAGCUCCCUGUGCCUGGCUCGUGUCCCCACGCUCCCCGUCACCGCGCUCCGGGCCGUUUGUGCCCCCACCCAGGUCCCCGAGCUGCCCCAGGGGGGUUUGGUGGGCACAGCCCCCUCUGCACCACAGCAGCCACGCGUGGGCUGGGACCAAGGACUCACUCUGCAGCCCUCGGGUGGCCCCUGUGCCCCCUGUUCCCCCCAGGGUGCUGCAGCCCUUGUCCCCUGUCCCAGCCCUGGCUCCCCUUUCCCAGAAUAAAGGUUUCUGUGUAGCCUCA